AUGGGUCACUACGCACUGUACGGCACCAGUACACUGAAGCCAAGGUUGACGUGGCGAUACCCGGUAUCGUCACGGUCGAACAAAAAACGCAAGGGACCAGUAGGCGUGGGGCGCCCUACUGGUAAUGCAGUCACGUGUGUCUACAACGGACACGCGGUAUUGAGGUCUGCAGCCCCCAGUGAGAGGGAAUCUCACUGUGAAGUACAAGAUGACAUGUCAAACCUUGUCACCGUGAAGGUGAAGUCGAUGACAAUGAGAGCGGAUUCUCUUCGGGUGUUGGUGGACUCGAGCGCGUCGAACAACUUUGCUCGACAACAAAGUCUGUCUUUGUUGGACUUCGAGGGGAAUCAUGUGCUUCGAAGUCAAUUGGAAGUGCGAUUGGCAACGGGUGCCAUCGUGAAGACCGAGAAGCGCGUGAUUCGCGCACGCUUCUCGGACAAACACCGGGUGUUUGUGGAAGAACUUCUCGUCCUGGACUUGGACGAUAAGUUCGACAUGGUGUUGGCCAUGCCGUGGCUUACACGGCAUGCCCAACACCAUGCCGACCGGGAGAAGCGUACGGUCGUACGCUUCGGACGCCGCGGUGCAACAGAGAGCGAUGGCCCUGUUAGUGCAGCGGAUAUACCUAACCGUGCUUCCAAAUCUCCUUCAUAG